AAUUGCCGCGUGCGGUUUUUGUUUAUAAAUACAAUUGGACCAACUGACGAAAUUCCCAGUUAAUAUCAAACUGACAAUUGGCCACAAGUUAAUCAUUAUAAACAACAAGGAUGCCCGUGAUCGAGGGCAAGGAUCUUGUGCAGCUGCAGCGCCGCCAGCAACAGGUGCGCAACAUCUGCAUCUUGGCCCAUGUGGAUCAUGGCAAGACAACACUGGCCGACUCACUGGUGGCCAGCAACGGCAUCAUUUCCCAACGGAUGGCGGGUAAGCUGCGCUACCUGGACAAUCGGGCGGAUGAGCAGGAGCGUGGAAUCACCAUGAAGAGCAGCAGCAUUUCUCUGUAUUACCAGGAAGCGGAGAAUACUGAUGGAAAUCAGGAUUUCCUCAUCAAUCUCAUUGAUUCCCCCGGACAUGUGGACUUCUCCAGCGAGGUGUCCACCGCUGUGAGGCUAUGCGAUGGCGCCAUCGUUGUGGUUGAUGUGGUGGAAGGUGUGGGCCCGCAAACUCGCGCCUGCUUAAAGCAAAUCUACGAGGAGCAAUUGAAGCCGGUCCUGGUGCUGAACAAGCUGGAUCGUCUGAUCCUAGAGAAGCAACUGGAUCCCCUGGAUGCCUAUUUUCAUUUAACUCAAGUUCUGGAGCAAGUCAAUGCGGUUUUGGGCAGCAUUUUCGCUUCGGAUAUUUUGGCCAGGGAGGAUAUUACCAAAAAGGACAACUAUGAAUCUGCCCUGGAGGAAGUGGACGACUCGGAUCUGUACUUUUCGCCCAGCUCUGGUAACGUCAUCUUCUGCUCCGCCUACGAUGGCUGGGCCUUCUCCGUCCGAGACUUUGCCGCCAUGUAUGCCAAGCGUUUGGAAAUGAAAAGAGAAGACCUGGAGCAGGUGCUGUGGGGUGACUUUUAUUACAACUCCAAGAAAAAGGAAGCUAUGCCGGGUGCCCAGGAGAAGGCCAAAAAGCCCAUGUUUGUGCAGUUUGUGCUGGAGAACAUCUGGAGCCUGUACGACAUCAUAGCCAUCAGAAAGGAUAAGGACAAGCUGCCUGGCAUAGCUGAGAAGUUGGGACUCAAGCUGGCUGUUAGAGAUUUGCGCUUGAAUGAUCCCAAAUUACAAAUCAAGGCAGUGCUUGGACAGUGGCUCCCCAUUGAUAGGAGUGUCCUGCACAUGGUCGUGGCCCACGUUCCGCCGCCGCACAAAAUCAGCGAGGAGAGAGCCCAGAGAUUACUCUACCCCGCAAAUGUGGAACUAAAUUCGCUGCCUCUAGAAACCCUGAAGCUUAAGGAGAGCUUUACCAGCUGCGAUGCCGGUAGCUCCAAUGUCAUUGCCUUCGUGUCCAAGAUGACUCCCGUGCAUGUAACCCAACUGCCUCAAAAUAGACCCAAGAGACUGACCGACCAAGAGCUGCAGCAGCGCAGGGACGAAGUACGUCGCCGGAUUGAAGAGCGAAAGCAGCAAACUGAACAAACUGAGCUGGAGAAGAUUACCCAGGGUGUGGAGCAGCUGAGCUCUCAGACGGAGGUUGCCAAGAAGGAGGCAUCCGAACCGGAGGCAGAACCCAACGAGUACGUGUUCAUAGCCUUUGCCAGAGUCUUCAGUGGCACCUUGAAGCGCGGCAUGCAGCUGUUCAAUCUCUCGCCUAAACACGAUCCUCGCCAGCCCACGCAUCGCAAAGAGGAUGAGGCUCCCUAUGCCAGUCGUGUGACCAUAGGCGAUCUUUACAUGUUCAUGGGUGGGGAACUGCAGCUUCUGGAUGAAGUACCCGCGGGAAAUAUCGUUGGAAUCGGUGGUUUGGAAUCCCACAUUGUUAAGACAGCCACCUUGAGCAGCAGCUUGGAUUGUACUUCCUUCAGUGAACUCAGCAUCAUGGCCACGCCCAUCCUCCGAGUGGCCAUUGAACCCGUUCAGCCGCAGGAUAUGCCCAAGCUGGUCAAAGGCUUAAAGCUUCUAAACCAAGCUGAUGCCUGUGUCCAGGUGUCUGUGGCCACGACGGGUGAACACGUGAUUACCACUCUCGGUGAGGUGCAUGUGGAAAAGUGUGUCCAUGAUCUGGAACAGAGCUAUGCCAAGAUCAAGGUAAAUGUGUCCAAGCCGAUAGUGUCCUUCAGGGAAACAAUUGUUCCAGCUGCCACCGUGGAUAUGGUAAAUGAGGCCAUUGUUAAGACCGCGGAGGACAAGGAUGUGAGCAAGAAAAUAGCUGUCCAGCAGACAUUAAACAAACUGGGCACGCUCAAGGUGAUAGCGGUGCCCCUGCCGGUGGAGGCAGUGGAGCUUCUGGAAAAGCAUUCAGAUUUUUUCAAGGAACUAUCUGCAAUUCCCCGGAACCAACUGCUCUCGGAGAAGUGGACAACACUGCUGGCCUCCAUUAAGCUGAAGCUGAUUGAUGCUCUCCAGGAUCUCCAGCUGUUCGGCUUGAGUUCUCUCUCCCCUGCAGAGCUUGUGGAUCGAGUCUGGGCUCUGGGUCCUCGAAAUUGUGGCACCAAUAUUCUGCUCAACCUGAGUGACUAUGAGCAACCGGACUUUUGGUCAAGCCAUGCCAAGGCUUCGGAUACGGAAAUUCGUUCUGCUAGUGAUCCUCGCAAGGAUUUUAAUAGUUCCUUGGUGAAUGGCUUUCAAUUGACUUCGGGAGCAGGUCCACUAUGCGAGGAGCCCAUGCAGGGCGUGUGCUUUGCCGUUCUCGAGUGGUCCAUUCAGUCGGAGGGAGAGGAUUUGAAUGCCAGGGGUCCCUUUUCGGGACAAGUCUUGACUGCUGCCAAAGAAGUGUGUCGUCAGGCUUUUCAGAAUCAACCGCAGAGAUUGGUUACUCCCAUGUACAGCUGUAAUAUUGUGGUUAAUGCGGAAAUGUUGGGUAAAAUGUACGCUGUAAUUGGCCGAAGGCAUGGCAAAAUCCUCUCCGGUGAUUUGACCCAAGGAAGCGGCAACUUCGCGGUCACCUGUCUGCUGCCAGUGAUCGAGUCGUUCAACUUUGCCCAGGAGAUGCGAAAGCAGACAUCUGGCCUGGCCUGUCCCCAGCUCAUGUUCAGCCACUGGGAGGUGAUCGACAUCGAUCCCUUCUGGCUGCCCACCACCGAGGAGGAGCUGAUGCAUUUCGGCGAGAAGGCGGACUCUGCAAACAGGGCCAAAGUCUAUAUGGACAGUGUUCGACGGAGAAAGGGACUCUUCGUAGACGAGCAGGUGGUGGAGCAUGCGGAGAAGCAGCGCACCCUCUCCAAGAACAAGUGAUUUGUGAGUUAAAUUGGAUUUGUUUUCAGUCUGGGAAUAAAUAUAAUUAAAAAAGG